GGUGCGGGGACUGCAGAAGGGCGAGGGCGAGCGGCUGGGGCUGGGGAAGGGCGAGCGGGAGGCCGGGCUCUCACCAGCGGGCGGCCGCAGCCAUGGAGAGGCUCUCGGCAGCCGCUGUCCGGGGCGUGUUGGACCCGCCACGUCCGAGCCCCUUCAGUCAGCUGGUCUACACCAGCAACGACUCUUAUGCGAUCCACCAUGGGGAUCUCAGGAAGAUCCACAAAGCUGCCUGGCAGGGCCAAGACCGGAAGCUGCAGAAGAUGAUGAAGAAGAAGAAGACAAUGGACCUGAACAUAAGAGACGUGAAGAAGAGGACUGCUCUCCACUUGGCCUGUGCCUACGGCCAUGAGAAAGUAGUAACAUUACUGGUAGACAUGAAGUGCUUGCUUGACAUCUGUGACGGCGAAAACAGGACACCUCUGAUGAAGGCUCUACAAUGCCGGAGGGAAGCUUGUGCAAACAUUCUGAUAGAUUCUGGUGCUGAUCCAACUAUCGUAGAUGUGUAUGGCAACACGGCUCUCCACUAUGCAGUUUACAGUGAGAGUUUGUCAAUGGUGGCAAAACUGCUGUCCCAUGGUGCAGACAUUGAAGUGAAAAACAAGGCUGGCCUCACACCACUUUUACUGGCCAUAACAAAAAGAAGUGAGCAAAUUGUGGAAUUUUUACUGACAAAAAAUGCAAAUGCAAAUGCAGUUAAUAACGUUACAUGCACAGCCCUCAUGCUUGCAGUAUGUCAUGGGUCAUCAGAGAUAGUCGGCAGGUUUCUUCAGCAAAAUGUUGACAUCUAUGCUGAAGAUAUGCUUGGAAUGACUGCAGAACGUUACGCUGUCGCUUGUGGAUUUGAUAACAUUCAUCAACAACUUUUGGAAUAUAUGCAAAAGAUAUCUAAAAAUCCUCAAAAUAGCAAUCCAGAAGGAACAGCUGAAGAAACACCUGACCAGGCUGCACCCUUGGCGGAGGGCACACCUGACGCNGCUGCACGCUUGGCGGAGGGAACGCCUGAUGAGGACGCACGCUUGGCGGAAAGAACAUCUGAAGAGGUUAAAUGCUUGGUGGAAAAAACACCUGAGAAGGCUGCACCCUUGGUGGAAGGAUCAUCUGAGAAAAUUCGGUAUUUGAGGAAUGAGACAUCUGGAAAGAUUGAACAGUCAGCAGAGGAAACACCUAGGGAAAUUAUGAAGCCUGUAAAAGAAACAUCUGAGAAAUUUGCAUGGACAGCACAAGGAAGACCUAGGAAGAUCGCAUGGCCGGAAAAAAUAAAGUCUAAAAACACUAAACGCCUGGAAAGAGUAACAUCUUAUAAAACUGAAGUUGUGAAAACAGGAAUAUCUAAGAUGAGCGAAUGUUCCACAGAAGAAAAACCUUCAAAAUCACGUACAAAUGAGAAUGUGAAUUCUGUAAAGUCUAUAUUCAGCAAACCAUCUAUGGAAAAUUUACAGCCUACAAAAAUUGAGAAAGACUUCAGACUUGCUGACAAGGUUAAGUCCGAGAGGGCUGCACAGAAUUAUGUUUGUUUACCUGGGGCUACAUAUGAAAAAGAAAUCAAGAUAAUACGUGGAAAAAUAGAAGAGCCUCCUGAGAAGCCUUCUGACUUUGAGCCCUCCAUUGAAAUGCAAAACUCUGCUCCAAAUAAAGACUUAGAACGGAAGAACAAACAAACAUUGAGAGCAGAUCAGAUGUUCCCAUCAGAAUCUAAAGAAGGGAAAGAUGAAAAAAAUUCUUGGGAUUCUGAGAGUCUUCCUGAGAGUGUUCAACAGAAUGAUGUGUGUUUACCCAAGGCUACAUAUCAAAAAGAAAUCAAGACAAUAAAUGGAAAAUUAGAAGGUAAGAAUCAUUUUUUAUUUAACAAACAAAUAGAUGACUUCCCGUGGCUCCAAUCGCCAGCCAAAAGGCAGCCGGACCCGUCUAUUUUGUACGGAGAACCGCUGCUCCGGGGCACCAACAAAGCAUUUGCAUGGGGCAAAGCAGCGGCGCCAGCCGGCACAGCCGUGCUGGCUGAAACAGCCCCGUUGAGGGGAGCAUUGAAGACAGUAAUUGAACAACAAGAAGAUGAUAUUUGCAUUAUUGAAGGAGCUCCUCAUGAUGAAACAAUUUCUGAACUUGCUUCAGUCCUGAAAUUCUAUUUCUGCUAUUAUGUUUAUUUUAUUGAAAUAUUCAUAAAUGGAAAUAGAUUUGUAUAUGUUUUCACAACUUACAGUAAUAAAUGUUCUCAUAUAUUUGUCUGUGAACAACAAUUUGUAGAUAAAAUGCCCACAUCAGAAUCAGGACUAAAAGAAGAUAAGAAAUCACCUUCAGAUCCUGAGGUUAACUCUGAGCAUGCUUCACAGAAUUAUAUGUGUUUACCUCAGACUACAUAUCAAAAAGAGAUCAAGACAAUAAAUCGGAAAAUAAAAGGUAAGAACGAUUUUGUGUUCCAGUCUCCUGUUGAAAGGGCGCUGGGAUCUGUUUCCCGUAUGGUGACCUACUGUGCCCACUUAAACAGCAGUGCUGAGAUUUGUGGCACUUUUUUUGCUCAGACUAGGAAAUUCCCGGGCAGAGGAGCUCCACGGUCGCCAGCGCGGCUGUUUCGGCCAGCACAGCUGUUUCGGCCAGCGCGGCUGUGCCGGCCAGCGCCGCUGCUUUGCCCCGCGCAGCUGCUUUGUUGGCGCCCCGGAGCCGCGGUUCUCCGUACAAAAUACACCGGUCCGGGGGCCCUUUUGGCUGGCGAUUGGAGCCACGGGAAGUCGCCCAUACGCUGGUUCAAAAAGGGGACUGAGCAGAGAACCAGGACAGACUUUGAACAGAGUGUCUCUGAAAGUGCUACACAGAAUUCCAUAUAUUUACCUGAGGCUACAUAUGAAGAAGAAAUCAUGACAAUACAUGGAAAACUGAAAAAUUCACCUAACCUAUCAAAAAUCUUGAUUGCAGUGCCUUCUUGUAAAAGAGCAAAGGAACUUAAAACAUAUCAUUGUAAACAACUUAUAGAACAAAUCAAACAAAUGAAAAAGAAGUUUCGUCAACUACAAGAGGAAAUAUCAGAAGCAAAAGAAAUAAAAUCACAGUUAGAGAAUGAAAAAGUUAAAUGGCAGCAAGAGCUCUGCAGUGUGAGGUUUAAUUUAAAACAAGAAGAAAAGAAGAGAAGAAAUGUCUAUAUGUUAAACGAAAACAUUAGGGAAGAAGUAGAAAGAAUCGAGCAACUUAGGAAAGAGUUAGAAGUGAAACAACAAAUUGAAAUGGCUCACGGAAUGCAAGACAUGGAAUUGAAGCCUCUAAGAAGUAAUUUCAAUCAGGUUUCUCACACUCAUGAAAAUGAAUAUGAUCUCUUACUCGAAAAUUGCAUGCUUGAAAAGGAAAUUGCCAUGCUAAAACUGGAAAGAGACACACUAAGACAUCUGAAGCAGGAAAAGGAAAAUAAAUACUUUGAGGACAUGAAGAUUUUAAAAGAAAAGAAUGCUGAACUUCAGAUGACCUUAAAACAGAAAAAGAAAACAUUAACAAAAAGGGCAUCUGAAUAUAGUGAGCAACUUAAAGUUCUGACAGCAGAGAACAUAAUGCUCACUUCUAAACUGAAGGAAAAUCAAGACAAAGAAAUACUGAAGACAGAAAUUGAAUCAUAUCAUGCUAGACUGGCUUUUGCUAUACAAGACCAUGAUCAAAGUGUGGCUUCAAGCAUAAAACAAGAAUUUACUUUCCAUGCUUCAGGAGAUGCUCAUUUGCAAGGAAAAAUGAAUGUUGAUGUGAAUAAUAUAAUAUAUAACAAUGAGAUGCCUCAUGAACCACUUUCUGAAGUUCAAAGUAAAUCCGAAAGCCUAAAAAUGACCAAUUAUGCAGGAGAUGCUGUAAGAGAAAAUACAUUGGUUUUAGAACAUGUGCAAAGAGACCUAAGUGAAAUACAGUGUCAAAUAAAGAAAGCCAAAUACAUAUAUAAAAAUGAAGAAGGUAAUGUGCAUACACACACUGAACAGCAGGAGUCUCUGGAGCAGAGAUUACUUCAACUAGAAAGCAAAAAUAUGUGGCUUCAACAGCAAUUAGUUCAUGCACGUAAGAAAGCUAAUAACAAAAGCAAUAUAACAAUUAAUAUUAGGUUCCUUGAGAGGAAAAAGCAACAUCAUCUCCUAAAAGAGAAAAAUGAGGAGAUAUUUAAUGACUGUAACCAUUUAAAAGAACGUAUAUAUCAAUAUGAAAAAGAGAAAGCAGAAAGAAAAGUCAUUGUAAGACAACUUCAAAAAAAAUUGUCUGAUCUCAAUAAACAGUGCGUGUCUGAGGCUUCACUAGAGGUUACAUCACAUUGUCAUAUGAAUCUCCAAGAUGAGAUACAGGAUUCAAUGAAGAAUUUAUUUCAAAUCAAAAGUCAAGUAUGUAUUAAAUGUAACAUGCCAACAGUGAACCUAUAGCUGGUUAAAUAAUAUAAAUUGUUUUAUGAUACUAAU